AUGAUUGGUUUUCGCCACACUGUGGAGAUAAUGGUUGAUUUCGUUCAAUCAAGAAUGAUUGUUCAAAUAAAAAUUCUUGUGAAUUUAGUGAUAGCCGAUGACACUCUUGUAUAUGGAAGGCUUUAUGAAGAUUUAUCCACCUUUUCAUGUGUUAGGUUGUUGAAUUCUACUGGGGUCAUUGGGUGUCAAUCCUUCCGACCAGUAACUGGAAUAUUAUACCCAAUAAAUACAUCUGACGAUAUUAAAACAUUUAUUGGACAAGAUUUGAACGGAAAAUUUGCUGUUGUUAUGCCUUAUGCAUUGAUGACAAUCCAAAAUCUUCGUGAUCUUGAAUCAUCACGAAAAUUAGGUGGAAUUAUUGCGAUAAUAAAUGGAACAUCAAACGUUUCUCCAAGGCCAAGUACAUUUUCACCAGAUGAGAAAUGUCCAAAUUGUCAAUAUGGAUUAUAUAGGGACGAAACGGACCAAUAUCAGUGGAAUCCUAAUGGACAAGGAUUAAUUCAAGAAAGAUUUGAUUUUCCAAUGUUUGCCGUUUAUCCACUUGAUGGUCGCGCUUUAAAUUCUUAUAAUCUAAUCAUGGAGGGUGCUGCAAACAACCUGAGGAAGUCAUUUAAUCAAUAUCCAUUACGAGCUGUAGAACUUAGUUCAUUUAUGUGGUCCGCAAUAGAUGCUAGUACUUGCCUAAGACGUGGUGUAGAUAAUGGAAUUUCAGGCACAAUUGCGUUAUUGGCUGUCGCAGAUGCUAUAAGUCGAUCACAAAUCGCAUUUGACAAUCUUCCUAAGCAUAUUUUAUAUACAUUAUUUGAUGGUGAGGCGUGGGGUUUUGCUGGUUCCUCAAGAUUUGUAGCAGAUAUUACCCAAUUUAAUUGUCAGAUAAAAGGAUCAGCAAAAGGUUGUCCUUUUAAGGGUGGUUGUGGUUUUCCAUGUAAACAAGAUCUUGAUUUUACGCGGAUCAACUUUACAAAUAUUGAGUCGAUAUUUGAGUUCAGUCAGGUUGGCAUGAAUACGAAAGGAUUUUAUGUUCAUGUGGAUUCAAACAGUACAGUGAACGUUGAUUUGAUAAACAAGAUGAACAAUAUAUCAGCGAGAAUAAAUAACGGGAGUGCAUUUGUACAAGCGGCAAGUGCAAAUGGAAUUAAUAACAAAUUACCGCCGUCAAGUUCUAUGGCUUUUUUGGAAAAGAAUCGGAGUCUGGCUGCAGUGGUUUUGGGUGAUUUUCAGUACAAUUUAACAAAUUAUUAUAAUAGUGAAUAUGAUGAUGCUUUCAACGUUCCCGAUGAUUCUAUAGUUGGCUCAAUUUGCUCAAUUGCAAAUGUUACGGCUCAAACUGUUUGGCUUCAAGCACAAGGACCCAAUUACUCUAAUAUUUCAAUAUCGUAUGGUCAACCUGGGUUUAUACCGACCUUAGCAUACAAUUACUUUUUGAGCCUUAAUUCUUCACUAGCUUUUUGUAAGGUGCCCACAGAUUGUCAGAAUGGCGAAUCUUGUUAUAUGGGUCGAUGUACAAAAACAUUAACAAGAUAUCAUGAUGCAUAUGGAGCAGGACUACAAUAUAAUCAAGAUGGAAGUCUUUUAGUUACAGAUCCAACUAAAGCUACUUGGGUUGAGAGCAG